AUGUACGGCCAGCCGAGUCGUUCUGAUCCAUCAGAGCCGGAAUGGCGACUUCCUCAACGUCCCCCACAGCCAUCGCAGUCGUCACAGCCGUCGCAGCCAGUACCUCCUCCUCCACCUCCACGUCCCCCAGUUCCAUAUUCACCGGCUGCUGGAUAUUCGCCAGCCACCUAUGGACCGAUCUCAAACCCACAGAGGUUGCCGUCACCGAGUGGUGCGGAUACAACCACGUGGGGAGUGCGGUUCAACCAAAGCUCCGGUCCCCCGCUACCGCCUCGACCUCCAAAUACAAAUGAACAACAACAUACCUAUGGACAAUCUCAGUCGCCUGCAACUGUUGCAGCUCCUUUUCAUCCCGUCCAACCCUCUCCGCCCCCACAUCCACCUCCACCGCCAUAUACACCAACACCAGCACCACCCAGUGUUCCACAACCACCUCCAAAAAUCCCACAGGGGUUCCAAAAUGCGCCAACCGUCCAAAGCGACCAAACGGGGCAAGCUCCAUUGCUUGCUCAAGGGGUAGGACCGGCUGCGAUGAUUGGAUCUUACGGAUUCCGUCCGCCUAAUCUCGAUACAGGUACUACAUCUACCGGGGCAUCGGCGUUAGGCCCUGGAACACCAUCAGAUUGGGAGCAUCUUGGCCCAACCCCUGGAUACUUCGACGAUGCAGCGUGGUUCCCCCCUCGUAGAGCGCCCUCUUUGCGUCACGAAGCGUUUCAACCACCAUCAAGGGUUCCGGGCGAUAUUCCCAACGUGCCUGUGCAAAAUGAGUCUGUCAGCGUCGCUCGCCCGAGAACAGACACAAAUGAGACGCUCUCAAACACUAUCUCCGGGGCGACACAGUCGGGACAGGCUACCUCGCAUUCGCCUGUCAGUCCAUGCUCAACACAUGGAAUACCAACACCACCUCCAGUGGCUCGCGUAGACACCACCAGCUCUGCCUUGUCUAUCGGGGGCUCAGAAAGUAUUGAUAAUGUGAUAGAUGCAUGGGUCCGCCCAUUAUCUCCUGCGCAUAAGCCAGUUCAACCGGAACCCCAGGACCGCCCCGGUGCAUUUUAUCAAACCAGCCCAGUUGAGCGCUCACAGUCUGCGCAAACCAACUCAUCAGUCUUUGACCAUUUGCGAUCGAGCUCGAAUAAUUCUGCACGGAUGGCUGAAGGAUCCAGAAGAGCGGCUACGACAAAGAAUCAAGAUCCCUUCGAGGAUAUGGACCCUUGGUCUAGAUCAUCGUUGGAAAGAUAUGUCGCCAUGCUUCGUAAGGAAGCAGUGGCUGACUUGGAUGAAGAACGGUACAAUAUCUUCACGGCUUUUAUGGCCAAAGAGACCAAACUCCGGGAGAUUCUCUAUAAUAUUGAGCAUGAGCCUGAAAUACCGCCGCCGACUCCGCGAGCUCCUCAUCCUGCUUCUCAUCAGCCGCUCUCGGUUUCAAAUUCCGAACCCAAUAAACAACCUGUUGAAUCGGGACUGAUACCCGUUGCGUCAGAAGAAAGCCCGUCUCCUCCGGCGGCAACAGCAACAGAAGAUGAGGAUCUCGAUGAUGUUGGCAGUGAGUACAGUUCAGGUGGUCGGCCUCUGCUCGCUCAGAAAGCACGACGGAUCUCUCAGUUUCUUCCUAGUUUAUCUGCUGUGCCCUCGGGUGCAGAGUCGACUCAUCUCUCAAGACCAUUAUCGAUCAUGUCAACGGACACGCAGAAGCAAGCCUUUGAGCCCCUGGCUACGAACCCCCCACGGCCCAUAUACACGCCAUUCCAGUACAAGGAAGGUCCCCAGCGAGGCUCGGACAACCUCACAUUUGCUCGCCCAGCCUACCAAGCCUACUCUGAUAUGCGGCAAGCAGCUGUCAGUGGACGAGUCAUGUCAAAUGCACCAGCACCUACAUCUCGUUCAAGUUCAAACACUGCACUUGGUUCUCCAACUCAGAACGAACAUGACGAGACCUUUCUUGGUCUGAUCCGUCACAAGAGCGUCGCUUAUUCUAAACCGGCAGAGCAAACCUCUCCGCCUCUUCCAUUGCUGCCAGAAACCCUUCGUCAAGGCCGGCCAAAGGCCCUCGUGGAAGAACUACGCACAAUCGUUUCCAAACCUCUGGAUAGACAGUCUGAAAACUCGUGGCACAUCACGAUUCGGGAGGAGCUGAAAAAGUUUUCCGAUGAUUUCUCGUACAUCCGGCGGACCGCGAAUCAAUGGGAAGAAACAGCGCAAGCCAGACGGCAAAAGCUGGAACAGGAGCGUAUGGCUCGUCAGGAUGAAUCCGAGUUACACAUCGAUGAUCUUUUCAAUGCAAAAGAGAUCGGGUAUGCAGACAUCAAUACCUUGGAGGAAGACUUCCGGCAAACUGAAGCUCGGGUCCAAUUAGAGGAGGAACGACAAGAAGUAGACGAUUUUAUUGCGCAUGUCUUCAACCCCUUAGAUGAAGGCCUGAAAAGUGAAAUUUCGGCGCUUCGCAAGUCCUACGACGCUGCUCUCGGUCAACUCGACCGUGAUCAGCAGGACAAGGUCUCAAAAAGCGAGCGCGGCAGCCCAUCUGUGACGAUGAAAAUGGUUAAUGACAUUCACAAUAAGCUGGAAAUUCGAUUCCAGCAACGUCUUGAGUUAGCCCUUGACUGCGAGCGACGACGGAAGAAGGCUGAGCGGCGACCACUUGUAUUCAUGGGUGAUGUGGCUGCUCUGCGAAAACUAGAUGGAGAAUUUGACCAGAUGGAACGGCGAAACAUUCUAGAAGCGUGUAAGGAUCGUGAUGACCGAGCCAACCGACUCAUGGAUUCCUUCGACGAUGCAAUUUUGCACGGGCUAGGUACAAAUCAAACCCUCCUGGACGAGAUUGCCUCGAAAGCAGCUCGGCUAGAUACCGCUGCCCUCCGAGCCUCCGGUCUUUCGGUUUCUGAAAUCGAGCAGGUUCUCAGAUCUGCAGCCACCUUUGCGGCGUCCCUACGAGUCGAUUCGGAGGCCAUCAUCCACAGCGCUGGGGUCGCAGAUAUGGCCCUUAAUGACGCCGACUAUGGAGUGUCCGUAGCGGAAGCUCGAUAUGCCAACUCAGAAGCGGAUAUUUUCCAUCGGCUGGAGGAUGAGAAGAAAAAAGAGGAUGAGAAAAUCCAGGAAGACUCGAAUUCAAAGUUGCAGAGCAUUCAGAAGGGGCCUGAGCAGAUUGAAGCCACAAUUCAACGUCUUCUCCUUGGCUUACACAACGAUCCCCACACCGCCGCCCCGAUCUCCCCAGUCCAAGACCUUCUCCCAACGAGGGCCUCGGGUGAAGUGCCUAUACCUCCAAGUCUUCGCCCUUCAACUACUAGCCCGGGUCCAUCUUCAAGUCCAGCACCCGUGAGUCAAAGUACGGAUGAAGACUCAGAACAUAAACAAAGGCUUCUUAGAGCGCUGGAGGCAGCCAAGCAGCGCAACGCUGCCAGGGGUCAUCAUUGA